AACAGGAAGACAGCGGAAGUAGUAAACCAGUUUGUCACAGCCUGUGUUGAAAUGACAGGACUGUUACCUGUAACAACACCUGAACCUCCUGGUACACAUUACAGCCAUCACCACAGCUGAAAGCCUCGCGUGCUGCCUCCCGGCUGAAGCUGUCAAAAUGGAGGAAGAGGAGCAGUUGUGCUCCUUCAUGUUCCUGAUGACUUACAUGCUCCUGAAGCGCAGGAGAGACAUCAACAACGCCAACAUCCAGAGGCGCAAUGAGAUCCAGAGACGCAUCAGACAUCGGCAGUAUUUCUUCCAGAGACAGAGGAGGAUGCUCAUGAUGAUGAUAGCAGGAGGGAUCCGCUCCAACGUCCGCAUCCGCACUCGUCCCUGGACCACCACUCAAAGCACUGACUGGUGGGAGCGGGUGGUGAUGACAGAGUUCCAGCCGUCUGAUUGGCUGGAUAAGUUCCGUAUGAGCCGGGAGACGUUCUUCUACCUCUGUGACAAGCUGAGGCCCCGUCUGGCUCGCCAGGACACCAGCUUCCGCCUGGCGCUGCCGGUGGAGAAACGUGUAGCAGUGGCUCUGUGGCGGCUGGCAUCCAACAUCGAAUACCGCACCAUCAGCACCCUGUUUGGCGUGGGGAAGUCCACCGUGUGCAGGUGUGUUAGGGACAUGUGUCACGCCAUCGUGGCGCUCCUCAGCUCCAUCUAUCUGCGGUCCCCCAGUGAGCAGGAGCUGGAGGAUUCAGCCCAGCUCUUCCUGUCCAACUGGGGCUUCCCUCACUGUGUUGCUGCCAUAGCAACCCUCCACACAGCUAUCAUCACCCCAUCAAACAACGCGUCGGACUAUGCCAACCCUGCUGGCUGGCUGUCAGUGCUGUCUCAGGUGGCUGUCAGUGGACGGGGACAAUUCUGGGAUGUAUGUGCCAGUUUCCCAGGCGGGACAGACCCAGCUGAUAUCUUCCAGAACUCAUCGCUGUGGGCCACAGCUGCAGAGGGUGGACUGUCGCCUGCCACGCCAUCUGACUUCAUGGGAAAACCACUCAGGUAUGUGCUGCUGGGGGAGGCCUGCUACCCUCUCCAGAGCUGGCUGAUGAAGGCCUAUCCUGAGGAAAAGGGUAGGAGGAUCAGCCACACGGCGCUGACGGAGCCACAGCGGCUCUUCAAUCGGCGGCUCACCAGAGCUCUGCGUGUGUCUGAGGAGGCGCUGCUGAGGCUGAGGGCUCGCUGGCAGUGUCUGAGCAAGAGGAACGACUGCGGACUGGACGUGGUGCCCACCAUGAUUCUGGCGUGCUGCAUUCUGCACAACAUGUGCGAGUCCCACGGGGACGCCUUCAAGGAGGAGUGGCAGCAGGAGGUGUCGGAGGCAGAGAGCCCUCAGCCCAGCCACAAGCAGCUCACCUCGACCAGCACUGACCAAAGUCAAGGCGAGGAGGUCCGACAACUCUUCUGUAACUACUUUGAAGAGCAGAACAAUUAAAAAUGCUACAUGUAAAGACUAAUCCCUUAAACGUGUACUGUUACAGUAUAUUUUUUAGCCACAUGGUGCUUGUUGAGUGGUUUUGAACAUGUAUUUUUAUGCAUACUUAAAGGACUGUGAAAGCAUUCAGAUGUUAGCAUAGAUCUCAAAUGAUGGUUGAACCUUAAAUGACCCAGAGAUGGACAAAGUAAAGCAAAGACUGACUGAAAAUAAGCUAAACCUGAAAAUUUAGACCUCAAAUCAAGUCUGAGAUGUCCGUAAAUCAUGAUGCAUCCACCAUAGGAAACAUACUUUUGAUUUAGGCAGGAACAUGUUUUUACCAUGUGCCACCAUCCGACCGUCUUUACAUGUUCUGCCCCACAAGCAGUAGCAUGGGCCGAUUACGAGACAGACCUUUGGGCACAGACAUGCUGAAGGCCCCCAGCACCUCGCCUGCACAGGAGGAAGACACACAGACUUAAUAGUUGUUGAGUCUCUCUUUUGUUGUUGUUUUGUGUCUCUUUGUGGUUGUUUUGCCCCUUAAAGUAGUUGUAUUGCAUCUCUUUGUUUUGUGUCUCUUUUUGGUCAUUUUGCAUCUCUUUGUAAUUACUUUGCAUCUUUAUGUGUCUCUGUGGUUGUUUUUCUCCUUUUUGUAGUUGUCUUGAGUGUCUUUGUUUCUCUUUGCAGCUGUUUUGCAUCUCACUGUAGUUGUGCUUCGUCUGUUUGUGGUCUUUUUGUGUUUUUCUAGUCAUUUUGUGUCUUUUGGUUUUAUUGUUUUGCCCCUUUUUGUAGGUGUAUUUCAUCAAUUUGUGGUAGUUAUGUGUCUUUAUUUAGUCAUUUUGCAUCUCUAUGUAGUUGCUUUAUGUUAUUUUAUGUCUCUUUAUGGUUAUUUUUCCCUUUUUGUAGUCAUCAUGAGUCUCUUUGUGUCUAUUUGCAGCUGUUUUGCAUCUCUUUGUAACUGUAUUUGGUCUCUUUCUGGUCUUUUUGUGUAUGUUUUUAGACAUUUUGUGUGUGUUUGUGGUUGUUUUGCCCCUUUUUGUAGUCAUAUUUCAUCUCUUCAUAGUAGUUUUGUGUCUCUGUAUGGUCAUUUUGCAUCUCUCUGUAGUUGCUUUAUUUUAUUUUAUGUCUCUUUAUGGUUGUUUUUCCCUGUUUUGUAGUUGUCAUGAGCCUCUUUGUGUCUCUUUGCAGCUGUUUUGCAUCUCAUAGAAGUUGUUCAUUCAUUAUGUGUCUGUGGUUGUUUCGCCCCUUUUUGUAGUCAUAUUGCAUCUCUUUGUAGUUGUUUGUGUCUUUUUUGGUCCUUUAGCAUCUCCCUGUAGUUGCUUUACAUUAUUUUACGUCUCCUUAUGGUUGUUUUUGCCCUUUUUUGUUUGCUGUCGUGAGUCUCUGUGUGUAUCCUUGCAGCGGUUUUGUCUUGCUUUGUGGUUGCUUUUUGUCAUUUUAUGUGUCUUUGUGGUUGUUUUACCCCUUUUAGUAGUCAUCUUGCAUCUCUUUGUAGAUGUUUUGUGUCUCUUUUUGGUUGUUUUGCAUCUCUUUGUAGUUGCUUUACAUUAUUCUGUGCCUCUAUAAAGUUAUUUUUCCCUUUUUCGUAGUA